CCAUAUUCGUCGUGUCAGACGAAGUGCAGUGCACGGCUGUGUCAUGUUUUAUCGUAAAAUACAUACAACUCAUGACAUCGAGUCUUUAUUGGUGCUUGUUUUAUAUAGACAACUCUGAAAUAUGCUAUCUGAUGUAGUCCCGAAUGGACACUCGUGUCGCUUGUUGAGAAAUAAACGUGCAACGAACUGUGCAUUCGUGUGUUUAUGAUAACAGCAUUAACAGUAACCGUCGGUCGUGUAUUGUUUUUAUCCGUAACUGGUAUAAGGGUUGAGUGCUAUUAUGCAAGAUAACAUAACCGUGACCUUCGUUUACGUGACCGUGCUUAAGGUGAUUUUUGAGGUUAAAAUGCAGCUUGGAUUUUGAGCGACUGCGCCGAGCCAUCAGAUUGGCGCGCACCGAUGACGGACGAAUCGGAGGCGGGUCGGCGGGCGCGCGCUCCGCCGGCGCCGCCGCCGCGCCCGAGCGUGCGCCCCGAGCCGCGCCCGCGCACCCUACCUCCCGCGCCGCGGCUUAUCCGUCCCUCCGAACAUCUAGCGAUGGUAGAGCAGGCACGGGAACGGCGACCGCCUCCACUCGUACCCUCGGUUACGGUGGUUCAAGGGCCCUCGAUGUUUCAGGGCCCCAAAAUGGUGCAUAGUCAAACUAUGAUGCAAGGUCCGUCAAUGGUGCAAGGUCCUUCAAUGGUGCAAGGGCCAUCAAAGGUGCAAGGGCCGUCAAAGGUGCAAGGUGGUCCAAUAUUGCAAGGGCCACCGGUGGUGCAAACAAUGCAGCCAAAAAUGCAAGGGCAUGUAGGGUCAGGACCGAGACCACCACCGCCGCCUCCGGUGCCGCGGCCAUAUGUACCGCCACCCACGCGCAUGCCGGCGCCGAUGUCCCACCCUAUGACGAGGUUGCCGCAGCAAAGGAGAGAUAUUCAGCCACCACCGAUUGUUCACGCUCCGCCGAUAGCUUUGCCACCUCCAACAGCUGCUUCAGCGCCACCAGCCUCGCAUUGCUCCGCGCCACGAACUAUCGUUAUUCAACGGCCGGACGCGCGGCACGGCUUCGGUUUUACAUUAAGACAUCUUGUUGUUUACCCACCGGAGUCGUUACAGGAAUUAUAUGAAGAUGCGCGUCAUCUGGCCGUUGGCGCUGUCGGCGCGCCAAUGGACACGAUCUUCGUAAGGUCGGUACGGCCAGGCGGACCGGCGGCGGCGGCGGGCCUGCGCGCCGGCGACCGCGUGCUGGCCGUCAACGGCGAGCCGGUCGCCUGCGGCAGGUCGCGUGCGCCCUACGCGAGGGUCGUGCAGCUAGCGCAGAGGGAGCCCAGGACGCUCAGGCUCACUGUUGUGCCCCGGGAUCACGAUUUGUUGCAAAGGUAUUUUAGUGAAGCGGCAUACAACCCAGAGACAAAUCAACGUCCGAUCGAUAUGCCGGCGGUGACGGAACACGAGUCUCGUCUGUUCGACGCUUACAGACGGCCACGACUGCCGGCUCUGCCAGCUCCUCAAGCACCCUCGAGGCAUCGCGAGGAUCCAGAAUACGCGACGGUAGCGCCGCCAUCUAGAUACGAUGGACCGCGACUACCAACUACGCAACAUUAUCUAUUACAUGAUGGCAGAAGAGAAUCUGACGCUUCUCUACCAUCAUCAGCAGCGGAGAGCAAAGACAGUCUCGGGUCCUUUGAUUCGAAUUCGACACUCACAGGCCGAGAGCUGGACGACUCGAUUAUCCUCUCCCGAAUACGAAAGAGUCUCGAGCAGAAGGAGGCCUUCCUCAGACGUCCGAGUCAACCUACCGGAUGGGUCACCCCAGACGCCCCACCGCCGAUUAAGCAGAAGGAGUUCUAUGCCAGGCCACAGAAACUACAGAAGCCAGCUUGGCCUCCUCCCGCUUCUUCCCCACCGCUAGCAGGUUCCCCACCACCACCGCUUCACCAGCAGCAGAACCAGGAACAGAGAAAAGAAGAAUGCGCUACGAGCGUAGACAGUGGGACAUACAGUGGCUACGGAGAAUUGAAUGGAACACAUAAUGAUAAAAAUAGAUUAAAACAAGAUAAAAGUCAAUUCGUAGCAACGUUGUCCAAGAUACACGAAACCUCGCCGAACGCUCAGAGUACGAACGUCGGAACAUUAAGCAACGGAUCAUCUAUAGAGUUCAGAGAAGAAAACGCUUCAUCUAGUAAUCAAGAUAAUAGAUACCCAGUACCUGAGCUCCAGUUGGUCACGGCGCGCACAAGACAGCUGGAAGAAGCGCGUGGAGUGGGCGAGAGGCGAACGGAAGUCGCGCGAAGUGAACUCGCCCGCCUUUCAACCACGAGAUUAGAGCCGAGCGUAGCUCUGAGAAGGAAGGAGUUCGAAACACGAACAGUUAGAAGAGAAGCCAGGUCACUGGAUGUACAACCUCAGCAUGAUUUAGAGCAAGAGUCACCACUCCUCGGCGGGAGUCUAUCAGGAAAUCAGUUAAUGAUCACCGGCAGCAAACACCUCCAUUGUCCCCCACCAGAAGGAUACAUGCCCGAAACAGAAAAGGUUCAAAUGCGAACAAGGUCAAAUAGUACCGGUAGUGAAGGAUUAUCCAUUAGAAGACAUCAUGCCACAGAUGGCAGUCACGCGAAGAGACGAAUGGGGCUGAACAGAGAACAGAUGGAGGCGAUGAACCGCGUGUCGCUGCCGGGCGAGGGCCCGCAGAGGCCGACGCAGCUGAGCCUCGCGCCGCCCUCCCCCUCGGCCUCCACCUCGGCCUCGCCCACGCCCACCACGCCCGCCGACUCAGGUUUUGCUGAUGAUUUGGUGACAAGACGACAGAAGAAAGAUGCGCAACUGGGAGAAGAGGAACGUGCUAUGCGCAGGGUUUCCUAUUUGAAAGCAACUUGGGGUGAUCGACUUCACUUAGACAGUGAUGUUGAACCCGAUGCCGACCAUCUUGCUCUGAGAAGUGCUUACCGAAAAUGGCGCCCUCCACGUUUCACUGAAGACAUAACACCGCUGCUGCGAAUAUUCGACCCUCACGCCACCCUCCCCGUGCGUCCGGAGAAGAAAGGCGAAGAGGAGGCCGAGAGUACCGAAUCUUUGGAAGCAGAUGUGCAAGGCAAUGUACAAAUCAAAAUGGUGGUCAGCAACGGAAAGCGCGCAAGUGACAGAUCCUGGAAGCAAGUAUGGGCGGUUCUCCAAGGCACCAAGCUCUACCUUUACAGACAUCAUCCCACUCAGAGCCCCGGCGCCGUCAGCGGCAAUGCGACAGGCGCAGAGAGCGGCUCACGCGACACGCUUGACGUCCGCUACUCGCUCGCCGCCCUCGCAGACGACUAUACGAAGCGCAAGCAUGUCGUGCGCGUCACUACCGCUGCGGGCGCAGAGUUACUGCUCCAGGCGGAAGGCGCUGCAGAUGCUCAGCGCUGGUUGGCGGCUCUCCGAAGGCAUUCAGCUGAGCCACCGCCGGGCGAGCCAGCGACCGCACUUCCGCCCGCGCCCGCUUCCGCGCCACCCACCGCCACCACUGCACCCGCCACCGCAGAGUGCCCCUCGCCACUGCCACCGCAACGCACUAAAAAGAUCGGCAGGAACAGGUCGCCUACCGGUCCCCCGACACCAACUCUCCCGUCGUCUCCUAAGAACAAGACGUGGAAGGGUCGCGUGGCGAAGCAGCUGCGACGCAUGCACGGCGGCACGGGCAGCGCGGCGCCCACCGUCGUGGGCUGGCUCGGCGCUCCACUCGAGCGCUGUCCCGCAGAUGCAGAAACUCCCUCUGUGCCAAAAGCUGUCACGCUGCCCGCUCAGGCUGUCGAGGCUUACGGGCUCCGCACAGUGGGCGUGUACCGCGUGCCCGGCAACGCGGCGGGCGUGGCGGCGCUGGCGGCGGCGCUGGACCGCGGGGAGCCCCCGCCCGCCAGCGACGCGCGCUGGGCCGACGUGCACGUGGCCUCCAGCCUGCUCAAGGCCUACCUGCGCCGGCUGCCCGACCCCAUCCUCACCAAGCAUCUCUAUCCCGCUUUCAUCGCGGCCGAUCGUUCGCCGGAAAGAGCGCGCGAACUGCGCCGUCUCGUUCACGCUCUUCCCCCGGCUCACUACGAAACACUGAAGUACCUGAUCCAACAUUUGCGCAGAGUAGUCGCACAUUCUGCUUUUAACAAGAUGGAGGCAAGAAACUUAGCCAUCGUGUUCGGUCCAACGUUAGUACGAGCGGCUAGCGACGACAUGCUCGCUAUGGUCAACGACAUGUCCAGCCAAUGUCGCAUAAUCGAGUCCUUCCUGACACACUACGACUGGUACUUCGAGGAAGAGGAGGGCUCACCACCAGCAGAGCCGCCGCCUGCCGCCGACCAGCUGUCGCCUGCACCCGCACCCUCACGCGAUUUGCUCAUACACAACGUCAAGAAGAUUGAAGGCAAAGACGUGUCGACUCGCGACAUCGUGUCCUCGAUAAUAUCGGCGGCCAACCGCAAGAUGCAGCGCAAACCGCGCAAGAGCGACAAGAAGUGGGAGGACAAGCCGCGCUCGCCCGGCGCCUCCCCCCCGCGCUCCCCGCUGGCCUCGCCCCCCGCGGCGCUGGCGCACUACGACGGCCUGCCGCACUUCCUGCACGAGCGUGAGCCCGACAAAACCGAUAUGGAGGCGCUCGGACGUGGGCGGCAAGAGAUCUCGCGACACGCGCACACGCUGAAUAACUUCUCCAUCGAUGGAACCGGAGACUUGGUGUCCUCUCUCACGAGCACGUUCGACCAGAAGCUGCGCACUCUGAACAACUCCUCGCCGCUCGACGACGGCAGCAUCCCUUACGCGGACGAGUGCCAGGACGACAACGAGGAGGGCAAGUCCAGCGGCAGCUCGCCCUCCGAGGCGGGCUCCGUGCGCGGGGCGUCCCCCGUGCGCGCGCGCGCCGACCAACUCAAGGCGGCCUGGCUGCGCUCCGCCUCCUCCUCCUCCGACGAGCCCGACGCGCGCGCCUGGCCGCCGCCCCGCUCCGCCCGCGCGCCCGCGGCCCCCGCGCCCGCCUCGCCCCCCUCGCCCCCCUCGCCCCCCGCCACGCCGCCGCGCACCGACGACGACUCCGAGAAAGAAAACUGCGGAGCGCCCAAGAAGAGCCCGCGCGACGACCGCCGCGACGACGAGAAGGACGUCGACACGAGAUCGCAGAACUCCAGCGACGCGCUGCCCGACAACGACAAGGGCAUCGAGCGCGCACUCUACCCGAACUACGGCGCGCAGCGGGCCGGCGCCCCGGACUGCGCCAAGCGCGCCGGCGCCGCCCUCGACUGCGAGGAGGCCGAGGCCGGCGACGGCGAGGUCGACCGCGCGAAGCUGAAGCGCUCCGAGUCGCUGAACAGGGAUCGCGAGCGCAACGAGGCGCGGGUGCUGCGCUCCGAGAGCCUCAACUGCCGCGCGGAGCGGCCGCAGCGCUCCGAGUCGCUGAGCAAGGGCGAGCGGCCGAGCAAGCUCGAGAAGGGCGAGUGGAACGUGGUGCGGCGCCGCGAGGCCGGCGCGUGGCGCUCCACGAAGCUGAAGCGCAAGAACGGCAUGCCCGAGCGCGGCAUCAAGCGGCGCCACACGGUGGGCGGCACGAAGGACUUCGACAAGGACGGCUGGGCGGCGCGCCACACGCGCACGUCGUCGCCCGACCUGUCGGCCGGCGCGUGGCGCGCGUGGGCGCCGCUCGUGCCGCCGCCGCGCCCGCCGCUCGAGUCGCACGUGUGACUCCUCACUUACACACACGCGCUGAAAGCGACGCCCCGUCGCCGCCGCUGCAGCUCCGUGCUAUGUUGUAUAUAUUCUCUGAGACGCUCGACGAGUCGGAUCCGGUUCGCAUCCGGAGACGGUUCGUGAGUGUCGCUGUGAG